AUGGGUGACUUGGGUCCAUAUCUCGAAUACGAUGGUAAGGACUACAUAUGUUCUAUAUGCGACAGGUAUUUCAGGACUGAUGGUGCACUUUUCGUCCACUGCAGAGCGACUACACGACAUGAAUGGUCAACAGACUUUGAAUCCAAUCAAGAUCUUCGAGACCAUCUAGUGGGUUAUCAUCAUGCUUGUCUCGAAUGCAAUAUUUUCCUCGAGUCUGCUGAAGGUCUCCGAAGUCAUGAUAUCUCUGACCACUGUCUUUGCGAUGUGUGCGACAAGUAUUUCAGCAAUGAAAACAAUCUGAGAAUGAAGCACCAAGCCAAGACGUUGGAAUGUUAUGGCUGCUAUCACAACUUCAAGUCAUUUUCCGGGAUGUUGAUUCAUCUGGAAUCCGGGGCGUGUCAAUCGGGGGUUACUGAAGACACGAUUGAUGAUUUAGCAAAAGAGUGCUAUCAGAGCAGGAGAUAUACUGUUGAGACAGAUGGAGGUUGGCGAUAUGAGUGUCCAGAAUGUGAGAAGGAAUUCACGAAGCUAUCUGCGCUGUACCAGCAUGUUGAGGAUGUCCCUGCCUGCUCCCAUCUUGCGAAUGGAAAUGGUUGUCUGGCUAAGCUCGAACGUUUCAUGGCUUCCAGAAGUCACAAGGGCCCCGUGUUAACGACUGUUCCUCCUGGUGCACGUAUAACUGGAGUGAAUAACCAAGGUAUCCCUAAGAACUAUAAAAUGCACCGUAAUUUGGGGAGCAAGAGUAAACCGACAAUGAUUCGGGCUUACAAGCUUCACUUCGCUGUCGUGGCCAUCCUCCUAGCCCAAUACAUGGCUGACACAAUCAGCGACUCUUCCGGGAUCUCUUCACCCACUGGCUCAACCAUACCCCCGAGAAGGCGUCUACCACGUCCCCCAGAUUCACCAAAAGGGCCCUCCCACAGAAAACACACCGAGGACAGUGCAACAACAACCUACUUCAUCAUCCUCCGUCCCAGGAACACCACCCCCGACGACCCUCUCUUCAACAACCAGGCGCAAGCAUCCUCAACGUCAACGCCACAACUAACCAAACUACCGCCAUCUUCAACUGCCAAAGCAGCAAAUUCGGCAACUGUCUCAUCUCAGUCCCAAUGGCGUGAGGAGGAGUGGAUCGAGUUGUUAACGUUUGGUGAUAAUGAGAUAUCGGAGCUGCCUUCGUCUUGGAAUGUGUCUGAGUUGCCUUCUACUAGGGAUGUAGCUGAGUUGUCUGGUCAUGAGAUGUGCGGGCAUGAUGGGCAAGUUUAUGUGUAG